CGUACCAACACAUCGGAAGAAUAGCUUAGUCGUUGCGGUACAGAAUAUUAAAUUAGUUGUGUGGAGUAUGAAAGUACAACUGUCACAUUGUCUUGUAAAACAUGGGAGAUAAAGAGCACCACGUACACUUCAGCGGAGGAAGUGGCCUCGGAAAAGACAACAAUAUUAUGAUACAACCGCAACGACAUGGACAGAUAGAUGCUCAUCUUGGAUUUUUACAACUUUAUCACAGAUAUCACGUGGAAUUCUCAAUUCCGUGGAACCUAUGUAUACACGGGGACCGAAAAUGUUCUGCACCAGCUGUAGCAACCGGAACUCAUAACCUCAACUGCCAUAUUAUAGACUUGAUGCAAGAAAAAGAGGGUUUAAGAUUAAAAUUAAAGCUGCUAGCGUAUAAAGAAAAGAUUCUAAAAGAAGAGGUGCAAAUAAUGUGUUGCAAGGAAGGAACCCCUUUGAAGAUUCAGUUGAAUGCACGCGUCUUGGGAAAAGACAAAGGCACCCCAUUGUUGAGGAACGGGAUACACAGCAUUGGCGUGGAACGGUCGAACGAAGAUGAGGUGCUGGGUACAAAAUUGCGAGCAUCCUUGAGCAUGCAAAGCCAACAAGAGCUCUGAAGAAAUUCCAGAGACCAAGGAAGUUCGUCAAGGAAGCAUAGCAGAUGUAUCCAGUUUGAGGGUGAACAAUGUAACAGGGGAUAAAACUGACGCACGAGAACGUUCCUUAUUUCGAACUUUAAUCGUGCAACUUGCAGGAUUGUGAAUCGCAAUGAAAUUUGUCGUUGCGGUCAAUUAGCAAUAAUCACCGUUUUUAAUCGUAAGAGCCGUAACACAUAUGCACGCGCGUUCAAUUUCAAGCCUAAAGUAAGAAUGUUUUAUCUAUCGAGGCAAGCCUAUUCACACGGUCUAUUUCAAACUGCACGAUAUAAACCUUCGAAAUAUGCGAUGCUCGGUAAGAAAAAACAAAAAAAAAAGAGCUUUUCUUCGAAUUUAUUGCAAUUGGUCCGACUGCACAGGCCUAUCAAAAGACCGCAGAACUUCUUUUGCCCCUUGCGUCGAUGAUCGUGUUAACAGUGAUAAUUUCGGCGCAGGUAAUAAAGUGUUCUUUUAAUCGGUCUCUUUUCAAAGGAUCACAUCGAGAUAUGUAUAAUUACGAGUAACCGCCAAUUACCGCAUUUGCCUAGUGUUCUUUCUUAAACGAGAACGUACCACGCAAUGCCUAUAUACGAAAAAUCUAUUACACCUUUUAAUAUCUAUUGUCAAUCUAUCUCUAAUGACAAAAUUGUAUUUUAUUAUCGUUUUACAUCGAGCAUAAAUUUUAAACUACGAAGACAUUAAUCAAAAGCGAGUUUCACGA